AUGGCGGUGGAUGAGGAUUCCGGUGACGUUGCCCGUGGGCCUGUUGAGGCGCGGUCGCUGUCCUCCAUCACCUCCAUCGCCUCGCAACCUCCCACCUACCCUCGGAAUCCCAGCCAGAAGAAACUCGACCCGCUGGUGCUCUAUAUCGUGCGAGUUCCCGGCAGUAAAGACGUCUUCCUGUCGCCCCUCAAACCCCCCACCAAGGCCAGCGUUUCCGCCGAGGCCAUCAAUGCCUCCCUCUACUACUUACAUGUGGCCACCCCCGACGAUGAGGUUUUACUCCAGGAAUAUGAGCAGGAACGUGAGGAACGUGCCCGGCUUCGACGCGAGGGCCUGGAUGACGAAGAGGCUGAUCUGCCCUCGGAAUUCGCGCGACUGAACCAUGUACGGCGAAAGCCGGUGCCAGGUGGUGGAGGUGCUCCUCCUCCUCCUGUUGCUGCUGCUUCCCCCCCUUCCGUGCCUCCAGCUCUGCCUGCUCGUUCCCUGGUGUCUUCGACCUCGCUUCAACCGCCUCCCAUGCCGCCACGUCCACCUCUAUCAGCGAGAUCUUCGGUCGAUUUCACCGGUGCAACGCCUCCGGAUCGCCAUAGCUUCCUCGGGAAUCCCCCGGACGAUCAGACGACCGCGCCAUCGCGCCGACCGCUUCCUCCAGUGCCCCGAGACGAGAGUGCAUUUGAUGCCCCCGAGGACCGCGAUCUGAAGAAGGGCAAUCGGUGGAGUGCUCUCGGAGGCUACUUCUCGCGCGGCCCAGAGAUCUGGAAAGAGAAAUACGAAGCGCUCUCUACUGGGCGUCACAGCUUGGACUCCCGAGAGCCUCAGAUGGGCCCGAAUACGGCUCAUGCGAGUUCCUCGUACACGCGCAUGGGUUCCCCAGGACGCAGCCCCGGCCAAUCUCCCACCAGAAACCCUCCUGAGAGCCGGCCACCUGAUCAGCCGGGCUUUCAUAUCACGCUGAUUCGCCGUGAUCCUUCUCACGGCAGCCAGUGGAAUGUGGCGACGAUGUCGACGCCCCGGAUGGACGGCGGUGCCAUCGACAUCGAGGUGUUCACGCCCGGAUAUAAGCGAUUCGCUACGCAAAAGGAACCGUUCUCCUUGGCAAAUCUCGGGAUAAACCUCCCCGCGGAGGCGCUCAAUUCCCUUUCGUUGUCGGGGAUUGCGCCUCCACCGGCCGAGUCCGGCGAGAACGGUGACGCGCCGCCGCUACCACGCCGGUUCCAUCGCAAGCUGUGCGUGUCCCGGCCGCAGGAAGAAGCCCGCGGGUCGUUGGACCUGGCCGGUUCCCGGCCCUCCCUCGACAGCCUGGGCCGACCUGGGAGCCAGGGCGCGGGGCACUCCAAGCUCAAGAGCGGCUAUUACACCUUCCAGUCGCCGUGGAACGGGACCUGCACGUUCUCUAGCAGCGCCAACGGCCGCAGCCUGAAGUGCAAACACAUGGUCUCCAUGCCAGGCUUCUCUCCCCAGCCAGGCAACGACAACCCGGCCGUAACUGUCGCGGAAAUCCGUUUCAACACACCUUUCCAGCCAAGCAAUCUCCCCCAUCAGCCCGGACCCUUGCACCUCUCCCCGUUCACCCUCAGCCAGAUCGCCGGCUUCAAAGACCUCACGGGUGCCCUCGACAGUGGCCCCGAGGGGACGACCUCCUCACCUCACGUCAAGCGUAGCUCUCUGGCGCAAAUCCUCGACGGCCUCUCGAAUCGGCCGCGCUCGCGCUCCGCCGCCAGCACGCACUCGCUGCCACCACCCCCGUCCACGCCCCCGGGUGUCACGCAUAAGUCCUCCCUCAGCAGCAUCAGCAGCGCUGACAUCGACGGUCCCUCCUCCAACAGCGAGGCGCAGACCCGCCCCCGUCCCCGUCCCCGUCUCCUCCCCAGUGAAGACCGGUUGGAUUUCACUCUGGCGCGCGAAAACGCCGGCGGCGGCAUGCGCGGCAAGAGCGCCAAACUCGGAAAACUUGUCAUCGAAGACGAGGGUAUCAAGAUGUUGGAUUUGGCGGUGGCCGCUUGUAUGGCGGUAUGGUGGCGCGGAUAUUAUUACUGA